AUGGAGGAGUCCCAGCUAGAUCUCAGCAUGGAGCUCCCUCUGAGCCAAGAGUCCUUUUCCUACUUAUGGGAAGUCCUUCCUGAGAACACCUGCAUGUACUCCCCUGACCUUAACAAGCUAUUCUGCCAGCUGGCCAAGACCUGCCCAGUGCAGCGGUGGGUCACCUUGCCACUUCCACCUGGCACCUGCAUCCAUACCAUGGCCAGCUGCAAGAAACUGGGGCAUAUGACAGAGACUUUGAGGCCUCACCCUCACCACGAAUGCAACUCCGACAACAGUGAUGGCCCAGCCCUUCCUCAGCACUUCAUCCGGGUGGAAGGAAACCUGCGUGUUGAGUAUCUGGACAACAGCACCACUCUGCGACAUAGCGUGAUGGUGUCUUAUGAGCCACCUGAGGUUGGCUCUGACUGUACCACCAUCCACUACAACUUCACAUGUAACAGCUCUUGCAUGGAUGGCAUGAACCAAAGGCUCAUCCUCACCAUCCCUCUGGAAGACUCCAGUGGCAAUUUGUUGGCAUCUAAUAGCUUUGAGGUACGUGUUUGUGCCUGUCUUAGGAGGGACAGACACACUGAGGAAGAAAAUUUCCACAAGAAGGAGAAGCUUUGUCCCGAAUCACCUCCUGGGAAUACCAAGACAGCUCUGCUCCACAUCACUGUCUCUACUCAGCCAAAAAAGAAGCUGAGUAAAGAAUAUUUCACCCUUCAGAUUUGUGGGUAUAAACACUUCAGAAUGUUCCAGGAGCAGAAGGUUGCUGUGGAUCCAGAUGAGACCCGGGUUCACUCCAGCCCCUCAAAGACUAGGAAAGGACAGACUACUUCCUGCUAUAAAACAACUACUUUCAAGAGAGAGGGGCCAGACUCAGACUGA